AUGAAUUCAACACUCAGAAAAGCAACACCGGACUCGGAAGCGGUUGCUUCAUCGGAAGAUGAGCGGCCGUGGCCACGAGCACCAUCAUUCGGCACCCUCCCUCGCAAGGAGAAUGGCGUGCCGGGGCUCGGCGGUGGCAUCUGGUCCAACCAGAAGCGUGGCAGCUUCAGAAUGGAGAAGGCCGCGCCGCGCAACGUUGUCCGCGAAGCUCGUCUAGGUGCCGUCAAUCAAUCGCUUGGUGGAUUCCGACCCGAAAGUACGCCUUCGCCGUCUGCGAGCGAUGGCUCUGGUGCGCUGCCAUUCUCCAUUCCCCUACAGCCAACGCCAAAGACUGGACGCUCGCUAUCUCAUUCGCAAGGACAGCGAGAGGCCGCAUCGUCCGCACGCCUUCGCUCGGGUUCCAUUGAGCGUAACAUGGUGCGCUCUUUGGACUUCCUGCCCGAAGAAGGCGACACCGAGACAGAGUCAGAUGUGGGCGGUGGACUCAGCCACACUGCAUCACAUCCUCCCAUGGCCACGCUGCACCGCACAUCUACCUACCCUCCCACACUUGAGGCGCUGUAUGGGUCCGGCCAUCCGAGAGACUCUCCAAUGGCGGCCGGGGAUGCUCAGCUUGGAGGCCGCAAGCUCGAGACUGCUCUUUCAAAUAUGAGUCUGGACCCUUCACAUCGUCGUUCUCAAUGGCAAUCACACCUGGGCUGGGAUGAUGUGCUCCAUGUAAACGAGUCUCGCCGGCACUCGCUCGCCGACAUUCCAACGCGCCGCGGAUCCUUGGCUGGAACAGACCUGCGACCGUCGAUGACUGGCGCCUCAUACUGGCACGAUGGUUACCUGUAUGACUGGCAAGAAGAAGAAACGGUCCCUGGUGAUACCCAGGCCUUUGUAGAGAAGCAAACGUUUCCCACCUUUGGCGCGACUGGUACAGCGCUGAACAAGACAGGCGAAGGCAGCAAGCGCGCCGAGCCUGUGAGCACAUUACCAUACAGCGACAAAGACGAACAAACUCGACAAAUCGACAUACCCACCAUGUACAAGGUUCCAACCAUCAAGCUCGCUGAACACCAGCGUAGCGAGCAAGACAAAUCCGCGGCUGCAGCCAUGGCCAACGUCGGUCAGUGGGGAAAUCGCCCUCGCAAGCAGCUCUACAUCAUCAGCUUCAAGUGCUCGCGUGUCGACGUCUUCUAUCUCCUCGAAAACACCGGGCUUUUCAUCAAAGAAGGUGACAUUGUCAUUGUGGAGGCUGAUCGCGGCCAGGAUCUCGGCACCGUGCAGCACGCCAACGUCACUCCCGAUGAGGCGCGUCUCUACAAGCGCAUGUACGGGGAGGAACAGUACAAGUGGUUGAUGAUGUUCAGCAAGAACAACCAGGCUGGCAACGUGAACCCCAACGCGCAACUCUUCGGCGAGAACAAUUCCGCUGGUGGUCGCGGCGGUGGGAACAACAGCAACAACAAUCUAAUCGCCAACGCAGCGCCGACCAUGCAAGGCUCGCCACGCGACAACUUUGCCAACCUCAAGCCAAAGGCCAUCAAACGCCUCGCAAACACUCACGAAAUCCACAUGCUGAGUGAGAAGGAAGGCAAUGAAGCCAAGGCCAAGCGCGCCUGCCAGCAGAAAGUCGCGCACCUUCAACUGGACAUGGAGAUUCUGGACGCCGAGUGGCAGUGGGACUUUCAAAAGCUCAUCUUCUACUACUACGCCGACCACUACAUCAACUUCAAAGACCUCAUCACCGAGCUGUACCGCAUCUACAAGACGCGCAUCUGGCUGUCCGCCAUCAACCCCGCCUCUUUCUCGCAACACGCUCUCGGCCAGCCGCCCACUGCCAUCACCCCUGGCGCCGUUCCGGGCUUCGGCUCGCCGCUCAACAACACCUACACGAUGAUGUAUGGUGCCGACCCUGAUCCCUAUGGGGCAGUGCCGCCGUAUCGUAUCGGGUACGAGACCUACACGCCCAACUACCCCGGCAUUCCCGGCGUGUCCAACAGCUUCGCUCCGGGCGCAAACGCAAUGCCGGGUGGCGGUGGUGGAAGUCACUUCCAGCCCUACACAGGUGGAGGUGCGGAUGUGCACGUGCCUCCUCAGAGCGGCGGCACGCCGGCGGGAGGACCAUCCAUCGAUUACAACUAUUACGGCGGUGGACGCGGAGGCGCCGGUGGUGGCAGCGGAAGUGAGCAGCAAACGCCAAAAGCCUUCCCUCCGCACGCGCCGUUCGCUGGAUCCGCGACCCCUACUGGCCCCAUGUUCAAUCCGAUGUACGCCAUGCCACCUCCUGGUACGGAUCCCAACGAGCCCGGGGCUUUCGGCUUCGGUGCGUACCCUCCUCCUCCUUUCGGCGGCGGCCCUGCAGCAGCAUUCGGCAAUUCGCCCUUCGGUCAAAGCGGACCCGGUUUUGGUCGUGCGACUAACCUACCUGCUCCCAUUGGCACGCGUCCCACCGACGCCCCCCCUCAGUCUCCCUCCUCUUACGCGCCUCUGGGGCAGAACCUCCCUCCGGGUAGACGUGGCUUUCCCGCCGCGCGUGCCGUGUCAGACUUCGUGCCUGGUCAGCAACAGCAGCAACAGCAGCGCGUACAGAUGAACCCAGCUCACCUUUCGCUGGUCUUGGGGGUAUGA